AUGAGAAUACCCAGGCCAUGGAGCGAGCGGUCUUCGUGCGAGAAGGCCGUGGAACCGGUUUGGCCUUUCGUCUACAGCAAGUACCGCGGCCAGGAGGUGGAAGCGAAAGGUAGAACAAAUACCAACCUCCAAGACGAACGGCACGAGUGCGACCGCCGAGGAGUGCGCAGCAAGUGCCACGUGUGCGAGGACAUCGUGUGCGGGGAAAAUCUAGAUGCAGACUGCUCGUACCAGUUACAGGGGGUGAACGCCUCCCUUCUCGCCACGAAUAUCCCAUCGGUUAGUGACACCCCGUGGGCGGUGGGUGGGAGUCAUAGGAACGACUUCGGAAGCGCCUCGGUCUCGAGAGUGUGCAUGUUGCUCAGCGGAGGGGCAUGCCUCGAGCCACUAGGCGACUACUCGAACUGCACUACGAGGUGCUGGGGCGACGGAUUCUCUGGCGCGGACGCCUCCCCAGUAGACCACCUUGCGGCGCCCAGCUCGAUGACGGAGGAUAUCCAGGAGUACAUCCCUACUGUGGCUUGGGAGUACCCAAAGGCUCUGACGUCGUCGUAUGGCCCCCUGGAGCCAACCCCGACGUUCAAUCCUCAGGGAUUCGUCUUCACCCUCGCGGGGGGUUCGGGUGAAGCGGGAUACGCGGACGGCAGCGGAACAGCGGCGCUCUUCAAUGAUCCACAGGACGUGGCCGUUGAUGCCCAUGCCAACGUGUAUGUCGCCGACACUGGGAACCAUCGGAUACGCCGCAUCUCGCCCGAGGGAGUUGUCACAACCGUGGCAGGCGACGGAGAAGAAGGUUCCGACGAUGGCGACGCGAUGGAGGCGUCUUUCUCCUUCCCGGGGGGGAUCGCCCUCUACUACGAUUCUUCGGAAGGGCUCGUGCUCUACGUUGCCGACACCAACAAUCACCGCCUGCGGAAAAUUUCGGGGGACAUCGCGAACGGAGCCGGCACCGUCACUUGUCAUGCCGGGAGGUGCGGGAAUGGGACGGAGAGUGCGACGCGGAUGGCGGCGGAGGCAACACCCGAGGCCGGUUUCGCGGACGGAGACGGAAGCUAUGCGAGAUUCGACGGCCCGUCGGGCCUUGCGGCGGCGGAAGACGGGACACUGUUCGUGGCGGACACGAACAAUCACUUGAUAAGGAUGGUCCUCGCGAACUCGACGGUCUUCACGUUGACAGGGGGGUUGGAGGGAGCGGAGGUUGAGGCCGGCGGGGAGGAAGUUUGUCCAUCCCCUUGCCUGCGGGGCGUGGCUGGCCAUACUGACGGCAACCUGACGGCGGCCAGGUUCAACUACCCCGCGGAUGUCUCGCUGGGGACCAACGGCACACUGUUUGUGGCCGACCUCCACAGCCUGAGGAGGAUAUCCAUGCCCGAGAACCCGACCAUUGUGCUCGGCGUUGGGUUUGACGGGAGGGUCACGACUGCGGCAGGCGGUGCGGAACCUGGAGAGGCAGACGGGACAGGUCCAGAGGCACGGUUUUCGAGGCCAUCUGGCGUAGCGUCCACGGCCGACGGCGCCGCCUACCUCUCGGACGCGGCUUCCUGCCGCCUGCGGCGAGUAGCGCCGACGGUCUCCUUCGCCGCCGCUCUGGCUACCUGCAACACCACCCUCGCCGAGGCCUUGCGACCUUCGGGGUGCUCGUCGUACGACCCCCCCCAGGGCGGGGACGGUCUCUCGGCGUCUCCACUCUCGGGAAACGUCUGGUACAACCACUGGCGCAACGUGUCCGGAUUUUCCGACGGAGACGGAAGCGGCGGGUCGUCGUCAAUGGCGGUGGCGACGGCGGCCGCGGCCGCCGCUGGCGCCGGCUUCGAUUCCGACGGCCGCGCCGUUCGCCAGUGCGUGGGUUUCCCGCCCCCCUACCGGUUCGACCGAGCCGGCGACGCGCUCAGCGCUCUGGUUGUAGAGGACGGCCUCGUCGGCGCGUUCGAGGACACCGGGGUGGGCACCACGGUUCGGCUCGCGUGCCCCGCCUACUGCCUCGGGGCCGCCACCGGCGCGCCGCCGGCCGCCGGCGAGGUCCGCGGGUCACCCGACUUCUACACCGACGACAGCGCUGUCUGCAUGGCCGCCGUCCACGCCGGAGUCCUGACUGCCGACACCCCGGCAUCCCCGCGACCGCCCGCCGCUUCCUCGUCAUCGUCGUGGGGGUCUUCCCCGACUGGCCAGGCCCUAGACCACGUCGUGGUGGUAGCGAGGCUGCUGGCCGGGAACACCUCGGACGCCGCGGUGCCGGGCACGCGCGCGGCGGGAUCCGUCGCCAACGGCGUCUCGGCGGGCGACGCGCCCGGCGACUGGGCGAGGGGGUUCGCGCUGGAGGCCGCGCUCCCCGGCGAGCUCACGGCCCAGACGGUGGCCGGGCGGCCCGCGGGGCCCCUCGAGGAAGGCUGCGGGGCGCUCAGCGACGGGCAGCCUCCGCAGGAGGCGGUGUUCGGGAGGCCCAGGGGGAUCGACGCCUGGCGGUCGGCGAACAUCACGGACCGGCGGUUUUUGUACGUCGCGGACGCAGGAAGCCACGCCAUCCGCGCCCUGUCGGCUGUGUGCUCGUUCGUGUGCGAGAACGGAGGGGUGUGUGAGGGCCCCGACCGGUGCAGCUGCCCCACGGGGUGGACGGGAUUGGACUGUUCCCUGCCGUUGUGUUCGGACGGACUGUGCGGCCCUCGGGAGCUGUGCGUGGGUCCAGAAGAGUGCGGCUGCGUCCCGGGCUACACGGGCGCGCCGUCCUGCCUCGACGCCCUCUGCGCCCAGACGUGCGAGAACGGGGGUAGCUGCGGGCUCCCGGACACCUGCAACUGCGCGGAUGGCUGGUUCGGGCCCAAUUGCACCGUCCCCGUGUGCUCCCAGACCUGCGGCAACGGCGGGAACUGCACCGCGCCGGGGGCUUGCGCGUGCGCGGCGGAGUGGUCGGGCGGGGGCGGGGUCGUGGCGGCGGCGGUGGCCGUCGAAGGGGGAGAGGAUGGGGACGAUUGCCGCGUUCCGUUUUGCGACGUACCGUGCCUGAACGGAGGGUGGUGCGUCGCCCCGGGGACCUGCGCGUGCCCGCCGCAAUGGACCGGUCAUGACUGCGCAAUGCCGGUGUGCACGCAGGGCUACUUCGUGCCAGGGUACAACGUGUCCGGCUUCGACCCCGAGGGACGGUCGUGGUGGUCGCAGCGGUACGUCCCCUGCGACGUCGAGGGCUGGUGUAACGCCACCAACGGUUUCGACUGCUCGCAGCCGAUGAGGUCGUUCGAGGCGAUUCCCGUUGACUGGGGGGCUUACCACAGAUCGGAGACCGGGCGUUCCGAGAAUCCGGACCGCUGCAUGAUGAUCGAGCUGGGAGAGGACGUGGUGUCCCCCUUUUCCUACCUCCGGGCGGACAACGGCUCCACCCCGUUCGCCAGGUAUAGUCCCACCCACCCGUACGAGUGGACCGCAAGUCCGCGAAGCCCUUGGUCGGCUUACAAUGAUACUGCUCCUGGGAGAACAGGACCUUUCGUUUGGGUGGAGGAUCGCCAGGUAGCAUUGGUCGAGUACCACAACGUCACGGAAGGACGCUACGUGUGCGCGAACAGCGGCAACUGCACUGCCCCGGGGGUGUGCGAGUGCGCAACGGGUUGGUCUGGGUUCGACUGCCGGACUCCAAUCUGCUCCCAGGCAAGAGAGUCCCACGACAAAGACGACGAAAUUUACUUCCGGUUCAACAGCCACCAACACAACUACUGCGGGUUUAUCCUUGACGUACGUACGACGUACCAAACCAGAGUUACCGACCAGGGAUACUACGACCCCGAUCAGACCGAAUUCGUUUCCGGCAACGGCGACGCUAGCGACCUGGACGCGUUUGAGUCAUUCUUUGACCAAGACCUCACCGCCGCCUACCGCCUGUCGUGGCCCUAUUCCAACCCCGCGUACACCACGGAGUGGGAGCGGUUCGACAACAAGAGCCACCUCGCCAGGACCAGCGUCGAGGAGGGCGGCAUCCGGUACCUAGGCCCGUCGGAGUGGUCGGCGGGAGGAGCCGAGCGUGCGUUCACCGAUCAGGGGGGGUACUACUGCUCGGUCCGGGCGAGAACUGAGUUCGAGAACGAAGACUUUGUGCUGGAUGCGCCCAACUACUGGUCCCGAUACAUGGACCCCAAGGUGGAAGAUGACGGCGAAACGUACACCUUCUGGGAGGACAUGUUGUGGCCCCCGUUGCACAGCAAGAGCGCAAGGUUGGAGUUGAUCGACGACGAGGGGCACUUCUACGUCUACACGGACGUCGGCCACAAGCGUGACGGGGUCUGGACGGCGACCGGCGCGUCCUGGCAGAAGGGCGUGUGCAUCAUGCAGUUCAACAGGAGCUGUCCUGCGGGAAAGGCUCAGGCGGUUGACCUGGAAUCCGUGGCCGUCGGGGAGGAGGGAGUAGGAGUCCUCGUUCAGGACACGGACCUGAGUUACAGGCUACGCGUGACAUACACACAGUGGAAGGAGGAAGGAGCGGGCUGGUGGGAGAUGGAAGGCGGCGAAUGCGUCGAUCAGGUCGUGCGGGGGUGCUUCAACAAUGGAACUUGCGUGGCCCCGGAUGUUUGCGAGUGUGCCGAGGGGUGGACAGGUUACGACUGCUCGGAACCGGAGUGUCCCACCCCCUGCCAGCACCAGGGGAACUGCACGUUGCCCGGGGUAUGUACCUGUGCGCCGGGCUGGACCGGGGAGUACUGUGGGGUAGCAAUAUGCGCACAGGAUUGCAACAACGGCGGUACAUGCGUAGCACCGGACGUCUGUAAGUGCGCCCGGUGGGACAACGCCUUCAGGGACGGUAGGGAGGCCGGCGGGAGGCCGCUGUUCCUCAAGCCCAACGGAGAUCCCCAGCAGACGGGCUGGACGGGGUAUGACUGCUCCGUGCCGAUAUGUGUGCAGGGUGAAGAAUUCGUCUUAAACGUGGAGGACGACGCCUCGAGCGGCUACUCAGCGCUCAGCGGGCAUGGGUUUGACGGUACCUUGGCCUGCGGGCUCGUGCGAUGCCCAGAGUACGACGCGACCUACGUCACCAACCUCGGUACAAGCUUCCAAACCGGGUGCGGCAACGACCCCCUCGACAGCGGGUGCUGCUACUGGGAUGCCUCCGCGUGGUCGUGCGAAUAUUGCGAAGACUUUACCGUAGCAGAUGACACCUUCCAGUGCACUGGCAGCAUAUCGACAGAGGUCUACACGGACAUCGACGACAUCCCCUUGAGAUUCAUCGCCUCCGACGGCGGUGUCACUCUUUGCGGGCCGGACCUGAGCCCCCUACCCCCGGCGGUAAACACUGACCCCACUCGAGACGACUGGCGGUACAGCAGCCACAACCUUGAGAGUAACGUCACGUCCGGCAGGUUUUUGUGCGGGCGGCUCGAGUGGACACAGGGCGACUUCUCCGACGACGCCGGCCUGGGAUCAGGGAGUGGUUUUGGCACCGACUCGGGCCUCGCCUCCGGCAGGCACCUGCGCUACAACUACGAUAACUACACCAAGGUGGACGAUGAAACCUGGGUCCAGGGAGCCGUUACACCAGGAGAAGGGGUCUACCGGUGUCACAACGGCGGCAGUUGCCUGGCGCCCGACACGUGCUCGUGCCCCGAUGGGUGGGACGGCUACGACUGCAACACGCCUCUGUGCAGGCAUUUGCAACCUUCCGGGGCGGUAUCUAGUUGCCAGAAUGGAGGCAUUUGCUCGGCGAAGGACGAUUGCGCGUGUGUCACGGCCGACAGCAUAUUAUGGCAGGUGUACGAGGAAGCGAACCGAGACAUCACGGGCUGGACCGGCACGGAUUGUUCCAUGCCCAUGUGCGCGCAAGGUUUCUUUGAUCCCUUCUGCACCGAUCUGCCGCAGGCGCCAGGAGGGGAGGGAUGUUUCCGUUGUCCCAACGGAGGGGUGUGUACGGCGCCCGACCACUGCUCCUGCGCGGAUGGGUGGACCGGGUACGACUGCAGAACUCCUGUUUGUGAGGUGGUAGCGGACGGCUUAAUGCGGGUGCAGCUGAACACGAUGGACGAGGAAAGAGUAGUAGCGUUCGAAGCAGAUCCUUGUGCGAUGGUGGAACGGUACGCUGCGGUGGCAUACAACGGGGCUUAUUACAACAGGGGCAACUGCACCGCACCCAGCCAGUGCACGUGCACGUGCUGGACAGAGUUCGACGUGGAUGACUGUGAAACUUUCCAAGAAAACUGCGAUGGGCCGUGGCAGGAUCCACUGGUGCAAUACAGAGACGUGCUACCAGUGACGUACGCCUUCGGAACGGGAAGGUGUCUGAGCGGCUACGAGGGGAUAGUUUCCGAUGACGACCGAUUCUUGACAUGCCACUACAACAUCUUCGAACCUAGCUGGCUGCAGCGGAACUCCAUUCCUCUGAUUGUGGGGUGA